AACACUGUCCCUCACACACCGCGCCACCACCAUGCGUACUGACGUUGUUGUUGUUGAGCUCCGGUUGUUAUGGCUGAGGAGAGAGGCCUCGGAAUAGACUAGAGUGCGGAGGAUCCCCGCCGGACCCUCGGACCCCCUCGGCUCGGCUCCCCGGGACCUCGGCCGUCGCCAUGGACGGCAUGGACAUGGACGUGGACGCGGAGCUCAUGCAGCGUUUCAGCUGCAUGGGCACCACGGACAAGGACGUCCUCAUCUCCGAGUUCCAGAGGCUGCUGGGCUUCCAGCUGAACCCGGCCGGCUGCGCUUUCUUCCUGGACAUGACCAACUGGAACCUGCAGGCUGCGAUCGGUGCAUACUACGACUUUGAGAGCCCCAACGCCAACGCCCCGGCCAUGUCCUUCGUGGAGGACGUGACGAUCGGGGAGGGGGAGUCCGUCCCCCCAGACACAGCGUUCACUAAGACCUGGAGGAUACAGAACACGGGCGCCGAGUCGUGGCCGACCGGUGUGUGUCUGAAGUACAUCGGCGGGGACCAGUUCGGCCACGUCAACAUGGUGCUGGUCAGGUCCCUGGAACCCCAGGGGAUGUUUGACGUCAGCGUGCAGAUGCACAGCCCCGCCGCCCCGGGCAUGUACCAGGGCCAGUGGAGGAUGUGCAACGCCACCGGACUCUUCUACGGAGAUGUGAUCUGGGUGAUCCUGAGCGUGGAGGUGGGCGGUCUGCUGGGCGUGACGCAGCAGCUGUCCUCCUUCGAGACGGAGUUCAACACGCAGCCACAGCGCCACCCGCAGGGCGACUUCAACCCCUUCGCCUCGCCGCAGAAGAACAAGCACCACCACCACCACCACCACCACCACCACCACCAACAGGACGGGGGCGGCGGCGGGGGCGUGGAGAGGACGGGGCUGAAGGACGGCGGGGGCGGGGGGGGCCCCUGGGAGACGGGGCCGGGGCCCCUCGGGACGGAGCCCAACGGGGUGGACCUUCAGAGCAGCCGGUCCCCGGGAGUCACCUACGGACAGGGCGUCGGCGGGCCCUUCCCCUCCGGACAGAGCUAGGAGCACGGGGGCCCCCCAACAGGGCGGGGGGCCCGGAGGAAGAGGAGAGGUGCGGCGAGCGGAGGAGGAGGAGGAGGAGGAGGAAGAGGAGGAGGAGGAGCGUGUUGACCCGAGGCAGGGUGAAGGGACAGUUGUCCUCUAUUGACUCUGUGACAACACCCAACCCUCCCGGGACCCCUAAGAGCCCCCCCCGGGGCCCCCCCCCAACAGAGACACGAGCCACGGCUACACAGACACCCAGACCUCCUCUGUGGGCGCCUGGUUUAUUUUAGGGGGGGGGUUUGAACCCCAAGGGGAGACGUCUCGGACUGCAGCUUUCUUUAUGUUUCCGCGGUGGGGUGUGAAGUUUAAAAUAUCCCAAACGCGACCGUCGACACCUCUGAGACGGCACCGGCCGUCCGAAGAAUGGACCUUCCUGAUUGGCCGCGGUGUGCCUGGUGGUGAGCUGUGAUUGGUGCUGUCUCUGGGGAGCGGUGUGUGAUUGGCGGUUCAGAGGGGAUGGUGGUGGGUUGGACACGCAUCAUCAAACCAAGGUUGACUCAAGGUGGAAAUGAAUGAGUGAAUGAAUGAAGCCGCAGCGAAGGCGAGAUGUUUACGGACCGUGCCGCUCGUUGAGGUACGGUCAGCGCUCUGACGUCAUCAGGCAGUGGAUGACAUCACACCGUCAGCGCUGUGACGCCAUCAGGCAGUGGAUGACAUCACACAGUCACAUCCCAGCGUGGUUGAUCACCAGAAGCUGAUUGAUGAUUGUUUUUACCGGGUUUUCGUUUGGCGUUAGGUGUGUGUGUGUGUGUGUGUGUGUGUGUGUGUGUGUGUGUGUGUGUGUGUGUGUGUGUGUGUGUGUGUGUGUGUGUGUGUGUGUGUGUGUGUGUGUGUGUGUGUGUGUGUGUGUGCGUGUGUGGACGCUGGGGGGACUGGUAGGUUAAAACAAAGCCAUCUAAAUCUAUUUUGCCGGGGUUCAGAUUUUAAGUGGGUGAAUCGCUGUCUUAAGUCUAUUAAAUGCGUGCGGGUAUGGACUUGUUAAGUAUGAGUCAUGUAUUUUUUUUGGGCUUAACUGACAAAACGGUGUGUGCUUAAUUCACAAAUGUUGUAUCUGUUCAGAAAAACGUGUUACAUUUAAGAGAGAUUCAAUGGGCAUGUAUGUCGUCAGUAUUGUUCAGUAAUUUGUCACUAAGUCAUUAAUUCCCCCAGAGUUAAUUUAUUAUACCCUUCACUUAAAAAAAUACAAAUAUCCACACAGCCAGCAGGUGGUGCUAUUAUUCAAGUCACGUGUCAAUCAGACGUCAGAGAGAAAAUAAUGCAAUUUUUUUUUUGGCCUGUAUGUCUAAGUAGAAAAUAUGAGGCUUUUUAAUCACAAACUUUAGAACUGCUACUGCUAUUUGCACAACGCUGUAUGUCACCUGUGAUGGUAAUCACUGGUGCUGUGUGUGUGUGUGUGUGUGUGUGUGUGUGUGUGUGCGCGCGUGUGCUGGGGACGGGUAUGUUACAUGCAUGGUUCAGACGGCUCUUCUAGUCAUAAGUCCAGGACUACCCUGGAUGACUUUACUCCUGGACUUUUGACUCUUAAGUGGCCGAAGAAUAUAUUGAAUGUCUUAUCUUCACCAAAACAAUUUCCAAAUAUUAGAUUUUUUCUUCUGUGUUGCCUGUGGGUAGUGAAGGUUUUAGAAGGAGGUCCGUGUCAAGGCACUUGCCUAAACUCCACGUCUCCAUGGGAAAUGCCGGUUGGCUUGUGGGUUGCUGGUGAGAUCCCCACCAGUGAGUGAACCGAUCCCACACCUCAGCCCACACUGUCCGUGCACGUCUUAGUAACGCACGGCAACGUUAGCUGAUCCGAUUUGCAUAUCUUCGUCGAUAGGCCGCUUUGAAGACCAGCCUAAUGAGCGCCGGUCUUCGUCGGAUGGGCUUGUGAUCACAGGGGUUCACAGAUGUUCACCCCCCCCACCCCCCGCUCCCACAUGACCCCCCAGGGAAAUAACGGAACGAGAAAACUAAUCCGCGGCCCUGCCUAGUUUUUUGUUUUAGUUUUUUAUUUGUAUUAAUUAUGGAGUUUUCCUUUUCUGUGUGUGUGUGUCUUUGAGAGUGCAUGUGUUUGUGUCUGAGAGCGAGUGUGUUUGUGUUUGCGUUUGUUUCAGAGAGUGUGUGUGUGUGUGUGUGUGUGUGUGUGUGUGUGUGUGUGUGUGUGUGUGUGUGUGUGUGUGUGUGUGUGUGUGUGUGUGUGUGUGUGUGUGUGUGUGUGUGUGUGUGAGUGAGAGGGCAGGCGAGUGCGUACCCAGACGUGCGGGCGAUGAGAGCCCUUAUAUUCCUGCGGGUCUUGCUGUGCGUGUCUGGGUGCAGCGCUGUACCGGCAGCAUGGUGGCGCUACCGAGCUGAGGUUUACUGAGGCCUGAGGGACACAUUUACCUGAAGAGAAAUGUCCGGACGGAAGCCUUUUUUUCCUGUAUAAAUAAACCUUUGUAUUAUUAAAUGAGCGCCAGAGUGCGUUGUGACUGGA